AUGACUACAGCAGACCAAGAACCAUCAUAUAUACAAGAAAGACUAGACUCACUAUCAAACAUUGAUUUUAAAAUAGUAGAUCUACUACAAGAUUUUUCAAAUCUAUUUGAAAAUCAUAGUGAAAGUAAAAAUCAACAAAUAUUCACAGAAAACACUUCCAAGAUAUUCAAAAAUUUAUCAACAAUAGCAAUUGAUCUACGGAAAGAAAUCAAGAAAAUGGAUGAUAAUAUUGGUUGUUUUAAUAAAAACAAGGAUAAUAUCAUGAUUUUACCUAUUAAUGUUGAUCAAAAAAAUGGGAAGUUAGGGUUUAAGAAAUUGAAUUUUGAAAUUAAUGAAUUGAAGAAUUUAUUGGGUACUGUUGAUGAAAAUGAAAUUGUUGAGGUAGAACUAAAGGACGAAGAUGCACUAGAUACAAGUAAGAUGGAAAUUGACGAAGAACUAGAAGUGAAGGAGGAAAAGAUCGAAAUUAAAGAGGAAAAUAAACCAAACGAAACAGAUAAAGCAGAAAUAAAAGAAGAAGAAAAACCAAUCAUUGAAACCAAUGAUAUAGAAACAACAGAAAACAAAAAUAACGAAGACGAAGAUGACGAUAUGGAAGAUCUAUUUUAA